UAAAUGGGUAAGGGACACUAAGGAAUCUACUCCUGAAAUCAUUGUUGCUAUAUGUUAACUAACUUGGUUGUAAAUUUAGAAAUAAUAAUAAUAAUAAAAUUAAAAAGUAGAUACUAUGACUAAUUUAAAAAUUGUUCAGUUUACAUACAAUAAAAUUCACUUCUUUAAUGUACAGUUUUAAAGUUUGACAAGUGCAUAGGCCUAUAUCUAAACUGCAGUCAAGAUGCAGACAAUUCCAAAUUCCCUCCCGAAUUUCCUUGUGUUGCCUGUUAUAGUCAAAUCCUCCUCCUGUUCCUAACCCCGAUGAUGACUGAUCUGUUCUCCAUCCUGAUUUUUGCUUUUUCUGAAGUGCCACUAAAACGUAAUCAUAUGAUCUGUUUCUUUUGGGGACUGGUUUCUUUCACAUAGCAAAAUGCGUUUGAGAUACAUCUAUGUGGUGUGCAUAUCAGUGACUCAUUCCUUUUUAUCAUUGAAUAGGCAUUCCAUUGUAUGGAUGUAACCACAGUUUGUUUAUCCAUUCAUUAUUGAAGGGCUUUUGGGUUGUUUCCAGUUUUUGUGAUUAUGAAGAAGACUGUUACAUACAUUUGCAUACAGAUUUCUGUGUGAACACAAGUUUUUGUUUCUCUUGGGUAAACAUCUAGGAGUGGGAUUGCUGGGUCAUAUGCUGACUCUAUGUUCCACCUUACAAGAAACUGCCAAACUGUUUCCCCAAAAUGGCUGCAUCAUUUUGCAUCUCUACCAGCAACAUAUGAGAGUUCCAGUUGCUCCACAUCUUCACCAGCAUUUGGUAUUGUCACUUUUUUUUUUUUUUUUUUACUUUUUAUUCUGUUAGGUGUUAGUGGGAUCUGUUGUGGCUUUCAUUUGCAUUUCCUUAAUGACUAGUGAUUUUCAGCAUCUUUUUAUGGCUUAUUUGCCAUCUGUGUAUCAUUUUUGGUAGUGUCUAUUCAAAUGUCUUGCCCAUUUAAAAAAAUUGGUUUGUUCAUCUAUUGUUAAGUUUUAAGAGUUUUUAAAGUGUUCUUGAUACAAACCUUUUGUCAGUUACAAUUUGCAAAUAUUUUCUUUCUGUGGCUUGUCUAUUCAUUCUCUCAGGGUUAUUUCACAAAGCAAAGGAUUAUCAUCUUGGGAAGGUUUAUUAACACAUCAGUCUUUUUAGAUCAUGCUUUUAGUGUCACAUCUAAGAACGAUUGGCCUUCCUCAAGGCCACAAAGAUUUUCUCCUGUGUUUUAUUUUUGGGAAUUUUGUGUGGUUUUAUAGUUUACAUUUGGAUCUGUGAUCCAUUUUGAGGUUUGUUGUUUUUUUUUUUUUUUUUUUUAAGGGUAUGAGGUUGAGAUUUUUUGGUGUUUUGAUUUUUGCAUCUGGAUGUCUAGUUGUUACAGCACCAUUUUUUGAAAAGUUCAUCUUUAUUGAAUUACCUUUAUGCCUUUGUCAAAAUGAACUAUAUUUGGAUGGGUUUGUUUAUGAACUCUAUCCUGUUUCACUGGUCAUUGUGUCUGUCAAUACCAUACUGUCUUGAUUACUGUAGCUUUAGAGUAAGUCUUGAAAUCAGCACGGUUCUUCUAGUUGUGUUUUUUUUUAAAAAUUGUGCUUGCUACUCUAGUUCUUUGCCUUAUUGCAUAAAUCCACUGGGAUUUGGAUUAAUAUUGAGUUGAAUGUACAAAUCAGUUUGUGAGAUUUGGCAUUUUAACAAUGUUUGAGUCUUCCAUGAACACGGUACAUCUCUCCAUCUAUUUAGGACUGAAUUAAUUUCUUUCUUUGGUAUUUGGAGAUUUUCAGCAUUCAAUUCCCAUACAGAUUUUCUUACAUUUAUACCUAAAUGUUUCUUUCCUGUUUUUGUUGUUGUUGUUGUUGUUGGCUUUUUUGAGGGAGGAGGUGCUAAUGCAAAUGGUAUAGUUAAAAAAUUAAAUACUACUUUUUCAUUAAUUUCACUCUAACUUAGAAUCUUUGUUUUCUGAAGGUAUUUUCCUAUCAUUUAAGGUCUUUAGCGAGUAAAAGAUUGUUUCUUGAUGUUUGUUCUCUGAUUCUUCAUCUCUUUGUGACUUCAUGGCCCUUACACCAUUUUGUAAUUAUGAUGUCAAAGCAGAAGCUUCAGAGGAUACAUCUGGGAGGAUCCGAAAAGGGUUCUCUGUGGACUAGUUUUGAGACAGAAUCCAUGUUUCCUUCUUUCAGUUGGUGUCAUAGCAUUUUAGAAUUUCUUUUGUUUUGCUAUGCCUAUGAAAAUACAACUCAACUUCUUUUACCUCAAAAUCUUGUCUAAACUAUCUCCCUUGGUUCGAAGUAUUUUAUAAGCUGCUUAACAUCUUGGCGGAUUACACGACAAAAGGCCAGGAAAAUCAGUGGAAUGAGCUUCUUGAAACUCUGCACAAACUUCCCAUUCCUGACCCAGGAGUGUCUGUUCAUCUCAGUGUGCAUUCUUAUUUUACUGUGCCUGACACCAGAGAACUUCCCAGCAUACCUGAAAAUAGAAAUCUGACAGAAUAUUUUGUGGCUGUGGAUGUAAACAACAUGUUACAUCUGUAUGCCAGUAUGCUGUAUGAACGCCGGAUUCUCAUCAUCUGCAGCAAACUCAGCACUUUGACUGCCUGCAUCCACGGGUCUGCCGCGAUGCUCUAUCCCAUGUUCUGGCAGCACGUGUACAUCCCCGUCCUUCCUCCACACCUGUUGGACUACUGCUGUGCUCCCAUGCCCUACCUCAUAGGAAUCCAUUUAAGUUUAAUGGAGAAAGUCAGAAACAUGGCCCUGGAUGAUGUCGUGAUCCUCAACGUGGACACCAACACCCUGGAAACUCCCUUUGAUGACCUCCAGAGCCUCCCAAAUGAUGUGAUCUCUUCACUGAAGAACCGGCUGAAGAAGGUCUCCACAACUACGGGGGAUGGUGUGGCCAGGGCCUUCCUCAAAGCCCAGGCCGCUUUCUUUGGCAGCUACCGAAACGCUCUGAAAAUUGAGCCGGAGGAGCCAAUCACCUUCUGUGAAGAAGCCUUUGUGUCCCAUUAUCGCUCGGGAGCCAUGAGGCAGUUCCUGCAGAAUGCCAUCCAGCUACAGCUCUUCAAACAGUUUAUCGAUGGUAGACUGGAUCUUCUCAAUUCUGGCGAAGGUUUCAGUGACGUUUUUGAAGAGGAGAUCAGCAUGGGCGAGUAUGCUGGCAGCGAUAAACUCUACCAUCAGUGGCUCUCCACAGUCCGGAAAGGAAGCGGAGCCAUUCUGAAUACCGUGAAAACAAAGGCGAACCCAGCUAUGAAGACUGUCUAUAAGUUUGCAAAAGAUCAUGCAAAAAUGGGAAUAAAAGAGGUGAAAAACCGCUUGAAGCAAAAGGACAUCACCGAGAAUGGCUGUGCCCCCACCAUGGAAGAGCAGACGCCAAAGACUGUGCCGUCCCCACUGGUGGAGGCCAAGGACCCUAAGCUCCGAGAAGACCGGAGGCCAAUCACUGUCCACUUCGGACAGCCACAAAGACUCCGUCCCACUCGCCCGCCGCCUCCCAAGAUACAGCGCUCGAGGCCCGUGCGCCCUCCCCGUCCACAUGUGGUAAAGAGACCAAAGAGCAACAUCACGGUGGAAGGCCGGAGGACGUCCGUCUCAAGCCCCGAGCACCUGGUAAAGCCCUUGCGACACUAUGCGGUCUUCCUCUCCGAAGACUCCUCUGACGAUGAAUGCCAGCGGGAAGAGGGCCCGAGCUCUGGCUUCACCGAAAGCUUUUUCUUCUCCGCUCCCUUUGAAUGGCCUCAGCCAUAUCGGACACUCAAGGAGUCAGACAGCGCAGAAGGUGACGAGGCAGAGAGCCCAGAGCAGCGAGUGCGGGAGCCCACAGGCCCUGCCCCAGCUCCACCUGACCGAGCUGCCAGCAUCGACCUCCUGGAAGACGUCUUCAACAACCUGGACAUGGAUGUCCCACUGCAGCCACUGGGCCAGGCCAAGAGCUUGGAGGACCUUCGGACCCCCAAAGACCUGAGGGAGCAGCCAGGAACCUUUGACUAUCAGAGGCUGGACCUGAGCAGGAGCGACAGGAGCCGUGGGAUGCCAGUGGCCUUGAAGCUCACCCACCCGUACAACAAGCUCUGGAGCCUGGGCCAGGACGACAUGGCCAUCCCCAGCAAGCUCCCGGCCAGCUCCCCUGAGAAGCCCUCGUCCCUGCUUGGGAGCUCCCUGGCUCUGCCCCGCAGGCCACCGGCCCAGGACAGCAUCCUGAACCCCAGUGACAAGGAGGAGGCGCCCACCCCCACUCCGGGCAGCAUUACCAUCCCCCGGCCUCAGGGCAGGAAGACCCCCGAGUUGGGCAUCGUGCCUCCGCCCCCCACUGCCCGCCCGGCCAAACUUCAGGCGGCCAGCGCCGCCCUCGGGGACUUCUCAGAUCGGCCGCAGGCUGAGUGGGAAAGGCGAGCCCCCCUGAGUCCAGCCCCGUUCCCCGGGCUCCUCCCCAGCGCCGCCCGCCAAGGACCCACCGAACCACUGCAGCCGCUCAGCCUGGCCCCGGGGGCUGCAGGCACAAGUGGUGACGCCCUGCUGGCCCUCCUGGACCCACUUAACACAGCCUGGCCAGGCAGUACCCUUCCACCAGGACCUUCAGCCCCAAAUGUAGCCACCUCAUUCACACCCCAGUUCAGCUUCCCCCCAACAGGGACCCCCACCCCAUUUCCACAGCCAUCGCUCAAUCCCUUUGUGCCAACCGUGCCAGCGGCUCUGCCCGCCAUGCCCCUGGUCUCCACACCAGCCGGGCCUUUUGGGGCCCCUCCUGCUCCCCUGGGGCCAGCUUUUGCCCCCAGCCUCCUGCUGUCCAGUUCUGGCUUCUGUGUCCCACAUAGAUCUCAGCCCAACCUGUCUGCCCUCUCCAUGCCUAACCUCUUCGGCCAGAUGCCCAUGGGUGCCCACACCAGUCCCCUGCAGCCCCUGGGCCCCCCAAUGGUCGCCCCUUCGAGGAUCCGAACAUUGCCCCUGGCCCGCUCAAGUGCCAGGGCCGCUGAGGCCAAGCAGGAGCUGGCCCUGAGGCCCGGAGAAGCCCCCCUCCUUCCUCCCAGACCCCCGCAGGGCCUGGAGCCAGCACUGCAGCCCUCUGCUCCUCAAGAGGCCAGAGACCCCUUUGAGGAUUUGUUACGGAAAACCAAGCAAGAUGUGAGCCCGGCCCCGGCCCCAGGCUCAGUAGAGCAGCUCAGGAAGCAGUGGGAGACCUUCGAGUGAGCCAGGCGCCGAGAGCGAGGGCAAGCCGGGCCACGCGCUGUGCCGCCCACCGCUGUGCUCCGAGGCUGGCCGGCCCCGCUUCCCCUGCUGUUCUGUUUCCGCCCAGGUUCUGCCGGUGGGAAGGGAUGGGUCCCCUCUCUGCCGCCCCUCUUUCCCCUCCACGCCACCCAUCUCUGAGGUCUGGCCGCUAGCAGAUGGUGCCAGUUCUGGCCUGGGAAUGGACCCAGCUCCUGGGCGCCCACCCCAGUAGCCCUGCCAUCACCCCUCCCCUGCACCCUUGAUUAGGUUUUGCACUAAAGAGGUCAGCUGGGCGAAUGACUGCCCCAGACCAAGUCCUACCCACCGUCCCCCUGGAAACCUCCCGCCGGGAGCCCCAGGGCUCCACAAGGCCUCCCCUCCCCAGCUCUGUUCUCUUGCCCCAGCCGCAGCCCGGCCCUGCACACCCCCGCAGGAACCAGCACAGGCAUCGGUGGUGGCCUCGGUGUGAGCUCGUCUAUACCAGACACAUGUGGUCUGGAGUUUGGAGUAAGGAGCCCCCCUCCCGGGCUGGAGAGCCUGCCUACCUGGAAGGGCAUUUACAACCCUCUCUAGCAAUACCCUCACUCGUUCUUUCUUUCUUGAGUCUUCACCCAACCCCAGCCUUCAGUUGUUUCUGGCUUGGGAGGGAUUUGGGGCUGAGGGAUCCUUGGGAACCCUCUGACAGCCAAACACAGUCGCAGCCAGCCCUGCGUGGGGGCUGGGAGCACCAGCAACUCUUGAUUCGUAGAAGAGAAAAUAGCAACAGGUAAACAGUGCAUCGGGAGGAGUGGGGCUGCCGUCCUGUGCUCUGCCUCUAGUAUGUACUGAAAUGGGGCCCAGCUUCUUGUCGCGUGGGACCUCGGGGGAAGAGCUGAGAAGCAGGCACCCAGAUCCCAACUGGGAAGCCAAGCUGAAUGCCACAGACUGAUGCAAGAGUCCCAGCUGCUGUUCAGGAAUGGGCAGGGGCUCUGAGCCCUUCUCCAGGCCCUGGGGGAGUGCAUGAACUUGGCUUCUUGCAGCCUGGAGGCCGGAGAAGGGCCAGGAGCCACCCCCUCCCCCGCCCACAUAGCGUAGAAAUUCCUGAGGCCAACGUCACCAAAGCUAAAUUGAAAUGUUUUGUUAUUGUUUCUUUUAUCUAUCUUUUCCUUUCUACUUUAUUGAUUUGACGAUUCUUAAAAUUGACUAGUUUCAAUAAACCGAGUUAAAAUACUGCCCAACCAUUUAAGAAAACAACCAUCUGAGACAUGCAGGAAAUUGUGAGCAUUUUGACCUGAUUUCUCAUUUCCUAUUUGUGAAUGGUCAGACACACAGUCUCAGAGGUGUCUGACAGGGCCAGGGGGCUCCUGGAGGCCCCCGGAACCCCAAGGAGCCUUGUCAUCGUCCGAGGGACCCUGUGUGGGUCCGUGAGGCCGGGAGGGCUGGCCCGGAGUUUCUCGGACACCAGGUGCGAGGAGCUGCUGGCGCACAGCCCCUUCCUGAGCCGAUCACGGCCCCUUGGGCAAGCCCUCUCUCUCUCUCUCUCAAUCUCUGCGUGUUCUCGGCCCGCUGAGGUGGCGAGGGAGCCACGUGGUGUCUGGGCACAUGGGCACCUCCAGGAUUCUCAGGUGUUUCCGCACCGGUUCCAGAUCCGCCCACCCACCCCGGGCGGCCCCCCAAGCCCCGUCGGAGACAAAGUGUGAGAUGAGGGAUGCUGUGGGGCCCCAGGGAAGCAGAGCCCACCCCGUGGUCGGUCUCCCCGGCUGUGCUGGGGGCUGGUGGCGAGCACUCCAUGUUCUCGAGAGCAUUGUUGUCUCUUCACUGGCUGGAUUGAAUUUGCACCCAAGGGUGAAUGUUGUGUGUGCGUUCAAUAAAAUCUUCUUGGGGAGAA